AUGAGUGAUUAUCCUUAUCUUCCAUUUGUACAUGAACGAUACUUGCAAAAAUAUCAAUGUCCGGCUGAACAUUUAUUGACGCCGUUCCAUUGGUACAUGGUAUACUCAGGAUUUCGUGUUGAAGGCAUGAACAACACAUCUAGUCAAUUCUUCGAAUAUCGUAAAAAUGAGCAACAUAAAAUCCAGAUUAAUUAUACCAAAAGUCGACGCUUUGCAAUGAAUGCAUCAGCAUUUUUGCACAACAGAGAAGAAUUCAAAUGUUUAGAAAAAUUAUUUCAUACUUUACAAAUACAGUUCCGAGGGGUUUGUUCGUCGAAUCCACAGAUUCAACCAUUACAAAUACAAGGUGAUGAAGAACAGCCACUUCAACUUGGUCCAAUUCGAGAAGAAAAUGCUCAACAACAUUUAAUUCAAACUGGUCCAACUCAAACACCAGCACGUGCUCAACAUUGUUCACGUGAAACUGAUUCAAUUUCAUAA